AUGCCGGACGGCACGAUGAAAGCCGUUGUGUUCAAGGGGCCGAAGAAAGUUGAGCUUGAGGAAAGGCCUAUCCCAAAGUUGCAAGAUCCCACAGAUGUCAUUGUGAAGGUCGAAUACACUGCGUUGUGUGGAAGUGAACUACACGUCUUCCGAGGUCACCAGCCCUCGCCUACUGGAUUCAUCAUGGGCCACGAGUUCACAGGCAAAAUCGUGGAAGUAGGGUCGGCCGUGAAGACGCUCAGCGUAGGUGACAAGAUCGUGUCUCCCUUCACCCUGAGUUGCGGCGCCUGCUUCUACUGCCGCAACAAUUUCUCCUCGCGGUGUGAAAAGGGUUUGCUUUUUGGUAGCGCCGCUCUCGACGGAGCGCAGGCAGAGUACGUGCGAAUUCCGCUGGCAGAGGCAACGGUCAUGAAAGCGCCAGAAGGCAUAAAGGACUCGGCGUUGGUGCUCAUGGCUGACAUAUGGCCGACGGGCUACUUCGCUGCGUCGAACGGUUUCAAGAUGUUCAGCCCCGAGCAGAUCGCUGAGGCCACCGUGGUGGUGAUUGGGUGCGGACCCGUGGGCUUGUGUGCGCUGAUCAACGCGGCGGAGUAUAAGCCAAAGCAUUUGCUCGCGGUGGACGGAGUGCCGAGCCGUCUGGAUCUGGCGAAGAAACUGGGCGCCGAGCCCUGGAAUUUCCAGACACAGCGAGAGGAAUUGGACAAGCGGGUAAAGGAACUGACGGAUGGUCGCGGCGCGGACCUGGUGAUCGAGGUUGUAGGGUUGAGUCCGGCGCUCAAGAUGGGUUUUGAGCUACUCAGACCGUGGGGGGUGAUAAGCAGUGUUGGGGUGCAUAAUGGCGAGAUCCCAUGGACCGGAAACCAGGCCUACGGCAAGAAUCUCAGGAUACAGAUGGGUAGAUGCCCGGUUCGAUCCAUCUUCCCGCAGGCGUUAGAUAUGCUCAAAAAGAAGCAAGACCUCCUUGGAUUCAUGGCCGACAAGAUCAUGCCAUUGAAGGAUGCUGUGGAGGGUUACGACCUAUUUGACAACAUGAAGGUGCAGAAGGUGAUUUUCAAGGUUGAAUAG